AUGGACAAUAGUAGUCAAGGGAGACAUUCCCGUCAUCACCAUUCGCAUUCACAUUCGCAUUCGCAUAAUAAACAAUCUUUACUAAGUGACGGAUCUCGGAUUGGGAACUAUCAAAUUGUUAAAACAUUAGGAGAAGGUUCAUUUGGUAAAGUUAAAUUAGCUUAUCAUAUUACUACAGGUCAAAAAGUUGCAUUGAAGAUUAUUAAUAAGAAAUUAUUAACUAAAAAUGAUAUGAAAGGUCGUAUUGAAAGAGAAAUUUCUUAUUUAAGAUUAUUAAGACAUCCACAUAUUAUUAAAUUAUAUGAUGUUAUUUCUUCACCAAAUGAAAUUGUGAUGGUAAUAGAAUAUGCUAAUGAUGAAUUAUUUGAUUAUAUUGUUCAACGUGAUAAAAUGACAGAAGAUGAAGCUCGUAGAUUUUUUCAACAAAUUAUUUCAGCUGUUGAUUAUUGUCAUAGACAUAAAAUUGUUCAUAGAGAUUUAAAACCUGAAAAUUUAUUACUUGAUGAACAUUUAAAUGUUAAAAUUGCAGAUUUUGGUUUAUCAAAUAUUAUGACAGAUGGUAAUUUUUUAAAGACUUCAUGUGGUUCACCAAAUUAUGCUGCGCCUGAAGUAAUUAGUGGGAAAUUAUAUGCUGGUCCAGAAGUUGAUGUUUGGUCAUGUGGUGUAAUUUUAUACGUUAUGUUAUGUCGUAGAUUACCAUUUGAUGAUGAUUCAAUUCCUGUAUUAUUUAAAAAUAUUAGUAAUGGUAUUUAUACAUUACCAAAAUUUUUAUCUGAAGGUGCCGCUUCAUUAAUUAAACGUAUGUUAAUUGUUAAUCCAUUGAAUAGAAUUACUAUUCAAGAAAUUAUUCAAGAUGAAUGGUUUAAAAUUAAUUUACCUGAUUAUUUAAAAGUUAUUAAUGAACCAGAUAAUAAAGAUUCAACAACUAAUAACGGUAAUAAUAAGAAUACAACAAGCAAUUCUGAAUAUUCUGAUAAUAAUGUAUUAGUUUUGACUAAUGACCAAAUUGAUGAAUCCUUGGUUCAUAUUUUAUCAACUACCAUGGGUUAUGAACAUGAUGAAAUUUACGAAGCUUUAACAUCUCCAACUACAGAUAAUCCUCAAAUUAAUGAAGUUAAAGACGCUUAUUUACUAAUUAAAGAAAAUAGAGCAACUUUAAAUGAAUUGAAAAAUAAACAACAAAAUGAUCAAAAUUCAAUGGGUAAUGAAAAUUUACAAGAAUUUUUAACACAAUCACCUUUAGAACAUGUUAAUUCAAAUGUUAAGAGUACAAUGGAUUCAACAGGUACUACAUCACACCAAGGUAUUAAUGCUACAUCUGCCACUACACCAACAAAUGGAUUAAAGACUCCUGUAUUCGAUUCUGUUUAUUAUAACACUCAUGAAGAAAAAUCAACAAUUGCCAUCUUACCAACAUCUUUACCACAAAUUCAUCGUGCAAAUAUGAUUGAACACGGAUUAUCUGUUGAUAAAAUAUCUCCUUUAACCACUAAAAAAUCAAAGACAAGGUGGCACUUUGGGAUAAGAUCAAGAUCAUACCCAUUAGAUGUGAUGGGUGAGAUCUAUAUCGCGUUAAAGAAUUUAGGUGCUGAAUGGGCUAAACCUUCUGAAGAUGAUUUAUGGACUAUUCGUGUUCGUUGGAGAUAUGAUCAUAGUGUGGAGGAUAAAAAUAAGAAAAUUCCAAACUUAAUGAAGAUCGUGAUCCAAUUGUUCCAAAUUGAAACCAACAAUUAUCUUGCCGAUUUUAAAUUCGAUGGUUGGGAACCCGUAGAACCUGUGGACAAUAACGGUUCAACUACUACAGGAACAACUUCCUCUGAAGAUGAAAUCAGCACUUUCUCUGCAUACCCAUUCUUACACAUGACCACGAGAUUAAUCAUGGAGCUUGCCAUCAAUAGUCAGAACUCAUAG